AUGAAGACUAAUAAUGAGGUUACUUGUAUUGUUUGCUUUUUGCAAUUCUGCUGUCGAGACUGUCGUUGGAAGCACGAACAAAACGCUCAUGAGCUUUUAUACGACUGUCCUAUUUGCCGCGGUCACAGGUUUCUCUGCCAUCCAGAAAAUUUGAACCCAAAAUUGAUUGAACACCUAACCACCCACUUGCCACUUCAGUGCAGAAAGUGCAACACAAAAUACAUGAAAAUGGAGGACCUGCAGAAUUUGGAUAAAUGUGAAAGCAUUUCUGAACUGGUCGAAGUCAAGAAAGAAAUAAAUGUCGAUGAGAGAUUUGACUCUCUUUACGAGAAGUUAAAUAACGAUGUUGAUAACUUCGAGGCCAUUAUAUCUGUAAAUAAAUCUAGCAAAACAGCUGUCAUUACACCGAUACUACGAGACAAGCAUCUCGUUGAUUACGAUUCUAGUGAUACAGAAUGCAGUGCCAAAGCGAAUAACAACGUACCACCGAAAACACCGAACAUCAACAGGCAGAAAACUCCACAUAUAAAGAGGUUAAGGACUAUGACUCCACACGUUAAGAAAGUCCUAAGUAGGCAAGAUGGGACAGAAGAAUGUGAUAACUCAGCUGACGAUGUAUACGACAAUUCUCAUGUCGAUCCAAAAACACCCACACCGCUAAGAAAUGAGCUUGACGCUCCAGAAACAGAUCAAGAAAUAACGACACCCACAUCUCACCUACCUCACGUUCUGAAGUUAAACCAGAUAGUAACGACCAGUACUCCAACACACUCAGCUACUGGAGGCUGGCUGCUCUUCCCUGAUCCGGGAAAUGAUUCACCCCUAUCCGAAAUAGAGAAUGCCGAUAGUCCAUCGCAGACCAAAGAGCCGUCGAGAUCGGAGGAAAUUCGCAAAAUUAAGGGAAUCAUCGUGGACAGCCGACGUUUGGCAAGUCAAGAUAGUACAGAGAAGCAGGUCACGUUCCAGGACUCUACUGAUUCGUCGGCUAAAGUUAAAAGAGUCAAAUUCGCCGACGAUACUAUAUUCAAGGAGGAACCAAAAGUUAAACGAGUGUUUCGGAAACCGAAGCGCAUUCUUACGCCAGGCCCACAGAGACGGAAGAAAUUUAACAACAAUCCACGAUUUCAAGCGCUACUCAAUAGAUUCGAGAACAAAGUGGCCGCCAUCGCACAUACCCCUCUCAGCAUCAACGCAGGGAAGAGCCAAGAGACCCCCGUAGGCGAGCACAACGCUCUGGCCAGAGCUAUCAGUUUCAAAGAGAGUCCUGGCCUAGAAAACACGAAAGACAAUGAAUUAUUUAAAACCUGUGUUGAUCCAGAACCGAAUAAUGCGAUAGCAAUGUUUACGACAAACUUCGCCGCCUCUCUGCAGACCUGCCUCGCCUCUCUGCUGCGGUCGCAGGACGAAGAAACAGAAAUACAAUUCAAAUUCUCCGUAACAAAGAAAAAGGUGAGCGUGCAAAGGAUAGCGGAUGACAAGGACGUCAAUAUGAAUGUGAUAGAGAGAGAUGCAAACGCUGAAAAGGAAAAUAUCUGGUCGACGAUUACGAAGGCUGUGAAAAAGGUGUUCUGGAGUGAUCCAGCCUCUCCGCACAGUCCGUAUACUGAAGAGUCUUCAUCUGCCUCCAAGCGUAAAUUUAUAGAAAUAACCGAUGAUGAGAGUCCGUUAAACCACAAGCGACAUAAGUUCGAGAGGAUCCGCGGACGCCCCCCGCUUAGGUCCAACUUGGGAGUGGCCGGUCUCAAAAACUCCUAUUCCGCAGAGAAUUCAUCACUUAUGCAGCAGCUAUCAAGCAACGAAGAUAAUUUGAAUUUAAGUUUUUAA